CUUUGAAUUUGUAUUUAUGAAGAUCUUUCGUUUUCGCUUAUUAACUUUUCUUCAUACUAGUUCCUCGCCUAUUGUACAUUCUGCUAUUCCAGGAAUUUUCCAGGGUUCCUUUAUUGAACAGGACAAUAUUUCUUAUUCUAUGGAAUCAACAAAAUCUUAUGAUAUACCCAUCUUGAGAAAUGUCUCUCGUUCAUUUUCUGGUCAUUAUAGAGAACAUUUACAACGUUGUGGUAUUUUUGUUCCAAAAGAUGGCAAUUCGAGUGGUCCUGAUGCAUAUGUUGUAUUCCAUAAUGAACAAACCCGUUAUGUUGUUGGAUUUUCAUUCAAAUUUUAUCAUAAAACUGAAUUUUCGAAAGCAAAUAUUGAGGAGGAAGCAGAACAAUUUUUUAAGGGAGUUGUUUCCGUUUUGAAUGACGAAUCUUUUUCAUCUGUUCAACUUUGUUUUCAGUUUGUGGUGGUAGUUUGUACUAGAUAUGAUCGAUCUGUAGGUUUCUCUAGUGAAGAAUAUAAUAUUGUUGAGGAUGCAAGUUGUUUUGUGACUGAACAUUCUUCUACUGGGUCAACUUUGAAUGAAAGUAGUCGAUCAUGUCUGCAAUUGGUAAUUGUUUCCCAAAGGAACCUUGAACGAUUUUUGGGAAGAGAAAAUCUCGAUAUUUUGAGGAAAAUUGGGAAAGCAAGCCGAGAAGAGUUCAGAAAAGACUUUUCAGUAUGGUGUAAAACUCUCUUUGAGUCAAUGUCCAAUGAAUAUGUUUCGCCUUUGGAAGCUGAGCAAUCAAAUGUUACUUUAAGACUAGCUCGAAAUGUAAGACCGAGAACCAAUGAGGAGAAUAGGAUGCAAAUGAAAAGUUUUCAAAGUGCUAUGCAAGUGGAACCAAGGGUUGCAGCAUCCAGUUCUUUGUCUUCGUCAUUUGAUUGGAAUGCUUUCUUAAGAGAACGUUGUGGUUUUUCUGAAGAAGAAGAAGUUGCCUAUUGUUUUAGGAAACUUUCAAGAUUCGGCAGAGUUUCGCUUUCCAGACUCGAUGAAGAUUCUUUACGUCGCAUGGGUAUAACUGAUCCCACCGUAAUAUCCAAACUGCUUAUUGGCAUUACUAAAGAGUUUUCUAAUUUUAGACUCUGAACGAAUCCAUUGCAUUGUAUUUGUGUUUUAUUGUGUUGUGUGAUAAGACUGAAUAAAGUUUGGCUCUUACUAUCUGAUGCGAGUUACAUUGGUAUGAA